CUUCAUCCCUUGGUCUUCUCCUGGUAUUGUUCUUUAUGCAAGAAGCUUCCGAAAUUUCCAUCUUCCUAUGCCCCUUGUACCAGGGCAGAGGUUUCUUAAGCAAAAGGUUAAAAUUCAGCGCCUAAUUCUACAAACCAAAAUGAGAACGCUCCAUUCGUGUCGCUAGCUCGAGCGAACUCCAAAAAUCCCUGUUCCACUCUGCCCCUUCCUCCCGCAGCGUCUCCGCGUCGAGGUGAACGAGCCAUGGUGUGCUCCAGCCCCGCGCUCAGGGCUCAGGGCCAGCCCAGCUCUGCCCAGCCGGACCUGCUGUGGCUGGCCGACCUCACGGGCGCCCACCUCGGCUUGGCCCCCAUCUCCCAGGACCCCGAGGACCGCUGCAGCAUCUGGGAGAACCUGGUGAGCCUGGUGGACUUCCAGUGCCCGGGCUUCCCCCUGACGGCCGAGGAGCUCUGCCACUACAUCGACAUCCCCCGCUCCUCCCCGGCGGUGGCCGCGACCCUGCCCCGGGCCCUGACCCCGCCCGGGCCCCCCGCGCCCCCGGGGGACAUCGACUACAGGACCGACGCGCGCGUCAAGCCGCCCUACUCCUACGCCACGCUGAUCUGCAUGGCCAUGGAAGCCAGCCGGCAGCCCAAGCUCACCCUGGCCGCCAUCUGCAAGUGGAUCAGCGACAACUUCUGCUACUUCCGCCGCGCCCACCCCAGCUGGCAGAGCUCCAUCCGGCACAACCUGUGCAUCAACAAGCGCUUCGUCAAGGUGCCCCGCGCCAAGGGGGAGCCGGGCAGAGGAGCCUUCUGGAAGCUUCACCCCCAGUACGCCGAGUGGCUCAAGAGCAGCACCCUCAAAGGGCACAGGGCCCUUCCAGAGCCGAUCCCAUCCUCCAGGAGAGCCCAGCAGGGAGCACGGCGUGUCCCCAGCCCCGCCGCCGCCGUCACCGGCGGCUCCCGGGGCGGCCUGGAGGUGGGCGCGGAGCUGCAGCGGCUGCUGCUGGAGUUUGAGGAGUUCGAGAGCAGCCACAGGUGGAGCCCCGUGGAGAAGCGAGCGGGCCAGCAGAGCAAGCAGCACUGGCCCGAGGCCUCUUGGCUACCCAGCGGUGCCGCGGCGAGCCAGGAGGGGCCGGGCGAGCUGACGGAGCUGAAGGGCAGCACGGAGUGGGAAGCGCUGCUCGACGCCGCCCCGGAGCAGGGAGAUUUCUCUGCUCUGGUGGGGCAGCUCCCGCCUUCCAGCCAGCCUGGAACCUUCUCCCUGCACCCCACAAGGGCACGGGGGCAGCAGCUGGGCUGGCCACAAGUCCUCCCCGAGCCCAGCCCCGCCAAGCCAGGCUUGGAUGAAACCGUGAUGGCCACGGCUUUCCUGGAGGCUGCGUGGCCCGAGGAGAUGAGAGGGAACCUCCCCAGCUGCAUCCCCGGGGAGCCGGGGGCUGGAAACUUCCAGGCCAACAGGGAGGUCAUGGAUUGGGACUCUCUGGCCCAUUUAAGACUCUAUUAGAGAUGGGAGAUUAGAUUAGAUUAGAUUAAAUUAGAUUAGAUUAGAUUAGAUUAGAUUAGAUUGAAUUAGUUU